AUGCCCCAAAAUACAAGACACACGUCCAUUGUGGAAAUGCUUUCUACCCCACCUCAAUUACCGAAUUCCACUGAUUCAAAUAGUUUGAGCGAACAGACGGAAAAGAACAGUGGAGGGAACAAAAGCGACACAGAAUCACUACAUAAAUCUAUCUCGAAAUCUUCUUCUUCAUCUUCUCUUUCCGCGCUGGAUAACACGGAAUAUUCAAACAAUAAUGGAAACUCCUUGUCCACUCUGAAUUCGCAGAACCUGUUGUCUGUUCAUAAGCAAGAAUGGCAACACACUCUUCUUUCGAAUUUGGUAGAGCAGAACAAGCUGAUUUUUAUUAAAGGUUCUAUUUCAGUAGAAGAAGCAUUCAACACUCUAGUCAAGCACCAGCUAACGUCUUUGCCUGUGGAGAAUUUUCCAGGGGACAUGAAUUGUUUGACAUUCGACUAUAAUGACCUCAAUGCAUACCUUCUUCUUGUGUUAAACAGAAUUAAAGUGAGCAACGACAAGAUCACUUCAGACUGCCAGAAUGGUAAGUCUGUGCCUGUGGGCGAAAUAGUAAAGCUGACACCAAAGAAUCCAUUCUACAAAUUACCUGAGACGGAAAACUUAUCGACAGUAAUAGGCAUAUUAGGCGCAGGUGUACAUCGUGUUGCCAUCACAAACGUGGAAAUGACACAGAUCAAAGGUAUUCUUUCUCAACGUCGAUUGAUUAAGUAUCUGUGGGAUAAUGCGAGAUCGUUUCCCAACUUGAAGCCUCUCUUGGACUCUUCCCUUGAGGAACUGAAUAUUGGCGUACUAAAUGCAGCUCGUGAUAAACCUACGUUCAAGCAAUCACGUGUUAUAUCCAUUCAAGGUGACGAACAUCUAAUUAUGGCCUUACAUAAAAUGUAUGUGGAAAGAAUCUCCUCCAUUGCCGUAGUUGACCCUCAAGGAAAUUUGAUUGGUAAUAUCUCUGUAACGGACGUCAAACACGUUACUAGAACUUCGCAAUAUCCUUUACUACACAAUACAUGUCGUCAUUUUGUCUCGGUCAUUUUAAAUUUAAGAGGUCUAGAGACCGGUAAGGAUUCCUUUCCCAUUUUCCAUGUGUAUCCAACAAGUUCCCUGGCAAGAACAUUUGCCAAGUUGGUGGCUACCAAAUCUCACAGAUUAUGGAUAGUACAACCAAAUGACAAUCAACCAUCAGCAUCUUCCGAAAAAUCCUCAUCGCCAUCACCAAGUACUCCACCCGUAACGACAUUGCCAUCGCUUGCAUCGUCAUACCAUUCAAAUACGCACUCUUCUAGGAUGGCCAACUCUCCUGUUCUAAAAUCUUCAGAUACAUCAAACAACAAAAUAAAUGUAAAUAUAAAUUUGAGCGGUUCUCCGCCUUCUCAGCCGCAAUCUCCAUCGACACCAAUGCCACCACCUCAAAGUUCAAAUAAUUGUCCCGCAUCCCCAACUCCGGCACAUUUUGAAAAGGAGUAUAGAACAGGUAAAUUGAUAGGUGUUGUGUCUUUGACUGACAUUUUAAGUGUUUUGGCAAGGAAACAAACACAUCAUAAGGAAAUUGAUCCGCAGAUGGCAAGAAAACAGAGAGGGCACGUUGGCUGA